UAGAUAAAAUGUCACUUUAUUUCACCUUUUCAAAAAUGGGCAGGAUUGCAUUUGUCAGUAUUUCUAACGUUAACAUAAGCAGUCUCUGGCACCAUGCCAACAGCAGUUGCUAGCAUGGCAGGUUUUGCUGGAAAACUGAACACACCAACAAAUUCUACUGGCAUCGCAUUAGAGGUCGCUUCUGCAAGUACAAAAUACUUUCCAUCAGCAAUUGUGUGAAAUACGAUUGCUUAUUUCUUAUUACAUUAUUGCUGUUAAUGUAUUCACACAUAAGAGAAUGAUAAAAUACAACCUGUGUAGCACAAGCAAGACCAGACACAACUCUGCGCUGUAAGAAGGAAACAGUAAUACUAAGCUUUGCAUUUUAAUCCUUUGUGACAUACUGGUUGAGAAGCAUUUUUUAAAACUUAACUCUGCAUUAAAAUAUGUUUAUUUUACCUUGUUUCUGUCUAAGAGUUGGGCGUUUGGAGUAAUUUGGUUUCUAGCAAUAGUUUUCUGUCUUAGCAAUGCAAUGUAAUGCAAAUGAUGGAACAGCAGGCCCCUAAUAGCUUCCACCAAUUUAUUGCUGAGUAGAGGGGAGCUUAUGCUUGUAGUUUUGCUGACAAAAGAUGAAGUUGCUUUCUUUUGCAGGUUCAUCAAAAUGAAGAAAUUGCAUUGUUUUCAUUUGUUUCUUUUAAAUGUAUUCGUAGCAGGCACUGUCAGUUUGACUUUAGAGAGCUGUUUCCAAGAGCAAACACGACUCCGGGCACAAGUGAGACUUCUGGAACACAGUGUGAAGCAGAAACAGGAAAAAAUUGUGCGACUCUUAAUGGAGAAGGAUGAGCAGAGCAGAGCUAGGGGAGGUGAACAUAGUGUUGUUGAUCUGGGAGAAGAAAGAGAAUAUAAAGAUUGUGCUGAGAUCUAUAAUGCUGGACACAGACAGAGCGGAUUCUACAAGAUGAAACCUCUAGGAAGCUCCAGUGCCUUCUUGGCCUACUGUGACCAUUCAGAAGGAGGAGGAUGGACAGUCUUUCAGAGACGUUCUGAUGGAAGUCAAAAUUUUGAUAGGAACUGGACUGACUAUGAACAAGGUUUUGGUGAUUUUUCAUCACCAGAUGGUGAAUACUGGCUUGGAAAUAAUAAUCUUCACUAUCUCACCUCUCAGGGGAAUUAUACUUUAAAAAUUAACCUGUUGGAUUUUAUGGGUGAACAGCGCUUUGCACAAUAUGAAAAUUUCCAAGUUGCAGAUGCCCAGAGCUCCUACAUGAUGAGUUGUGGACAGUACCAUGGAACGGCUGGAGACUCCCUCACGGGAGGGUUUCACCCUGAAGUGAAAUGGUGGGCAAACCACCAAGGCAUGAAAUUCAGUACAAAAGAUAGAGAUAAUGACAACUAUGAAAAUAACUGUGCUGAGGAAGAUAAAGCCGGUUGGUGGUUUAACAGAUGUCACUCUGCCAACCUGAACGGCUUGUACUACAAUGGACCCUACUCUGCUACAACAGACAAUGGGAUCGUAUGGUACACAUGGCACGGGUGGUGGUACUCCUUGAAAUCUGUCGUCAUGAAAGUCAGGCCAUCUGUUUUCAGUCCGAAUGAUGUUUGAGCUAGUUUCUGCUCUCACCCUCUCGAUCAAGUCAGUCCCAACUGUGUGGUGCCAUUUACUUUCUUCAUGUACCUCUCUGUCAGUUGGGGAUGGCCCUGCUAUGGGCAGUGGGCUACAAUCUAACCCAGUUCAGAGAUCUUAAAUGUGUAUAGUUCUCUGUUUAGGUAAAUGGCACAUACACAGGGGCACAUAAGAACAGAAUCUGCCCCAAAAUGUGCAGUGUAGCAACUAGAUAAAAAGAUUGAUCAGACCACUUUUGGUAGUAACUGUAUUGUCUGUGCGUUUGGGACUCAAUAUGUUUAUUACUCUUCAAGAUGCCACAUGGCUCUUUGUUGCUUUUGUGCAGCAGAUGAAAAUGGCUACCUCUCUGGAUGAAGCAACAACACUUCCUUAACUAUCCUGUCAUCCUUUAAAUCUUCUCACAAUCAGAAUAUAUCUGUGCUAAAGCCCCACUAGAUUCAGUCUUUGACAUACUUUAAACAAAUGACCUAUAUAUUAUAGCUUCAUCAUGCAUAGUCUUCCGUUUGGUAACCCUGUCUCCAGCUUGUCACUUUACAUUUAUGUAUAUGGGAUGGAAGACUGGGGGAGGUAAACUUCAGAAGGGGUGCGGAGUAAGUGAAAGAGAGUGGAUCUGAUCACACAUAUAUUUCUUAUAUCAUGUUAGGAGUAUGCAUUACCCUUUGUUCUUAGAAUCUGUGAUUUCUGUUCCUCAUUUCCAAUGUAAACUGUAGUCAUUAAAGAACUGGAAUGCUUCAA